UCAUUAUCUAUUUACAUUGUAGACUAUUUGCCUAUAUAUAUAUUUCGGGAUAUAACGAACGGGAUGUCAUCCAACAUUGGUCUCAUCAGUCGUCAGUGUAAACGAACCUGUGACCGUUAUUUGUUUUUCGAUCAAAAGAUAGCUGUAGAAAAGUUAACUGGCCUAGUUUUAGUCGGUGAAACGUUCAGCGGAAGCGGAAGACAAUCAGAAAAUCCUGAUGAACAAUCAACAAGUCGUCUUUUGACGAAUUAUAUUUCAUCUCUGCAGAAAUUCUACUGUAAUAUAUGCCAGUUGAAAAUGGACAAUGCUAUGGAUAUGGUAUCGUUCAUGAAAAAGCAUAAAUAUUAUUAUAUGUUAUAUUUUCUCUCCAGCGUGAUCAUUUCAAAAGUGAAUGGCACAUUUUUAACAUGAAUCGAUCUAUACGUGGUCAAUGUCCAUUGGAUUUUGAAUUAUAUAAAACUGUAAAAGAGGAAAACAGAAAUAUUCCAGAAAUCAAUGACAAUAGUCAACGUGUAACAGAUAGGAAUAGAUCGUCGUCGUCCACAUGUACUGAAUCAUAUCCUGAUAAGGAUAAUUGUGAUCAAAGUGGGUCAGCUGAUACAGUUACUGCUUCAUCGAUUACUGCAUCAUCUCACAAGCAUAUGCUGUUUUUCCGAAAUAAGAAUUCUGAAAUUAUUGGAAUAAAUCGUUGCGUUUUAUUCACUCGUAAGACUAUGCCUAUGACUAUGGAUGAACUAUUGGCGUGUGUUUCACGUGUUCGACAAAGUCGUAAAUGGGCUGUUCUUUUAUAUUCUGGAGGUAAAUUCGCUGGUGGCAUUUUUGAUGGAACCAAUGAAGUUGUUCAUAAGACUUUACACCAAUAUACAGUGCGUGCAAAACAAGGCGGUGGACAGUCAUCGUAUGAUGCAUUGUGUAGUGGUCUUGGUAUGUCGAAAUCAGCUGGUGCUAAUCUCCGCCGUCAUGGUGAAAUAGCUAUACGCAAUCAAAUCAGUGAUCUUCUACAUAAUAAAUGGCGUCAUUUACUUCAAGCUUGUCAGCUGAUAUUUUUAUGGUCGCCUAAAGUCCAUCGAAGCAUAUUCUUCAAUCCACCUGUAUCAUCUACAAACAGUGGAUUAUUGUCUAAUCAAAAUUCAAGUACAACCGAUGAAAAUACUCCAGUCUCACCGAGUUUUUCUACACCUCCUCCUCCUCCUACUCCAGAUCCAUUAGCUGCACAAGCAUGUGAUGCUCGACUUGGUAUGAUAGCGGAUGAUUUAAGAAUACGUCGGAUACCAUGUCGUAGUAAGCAUAUCACUUAUACACAUGUUAAAGAAUUACACAAAGAACUGUCUACGUUUGAUGUUUACGAUCCUGAUGCUAAUCUUGAAUUCCUGAGUCAAUCUGGUCGUAAUCAAUGGCGAAAGUUAUCUGAAAGUGGAGAUGAAACACUUUUAGAGACAAAAAGUGGUCGACUCAUCUAUGGUCCCCUUAGCUUACUUUCUUCAUCAGCAAGUAAUUGUAAAAAGAGCGUAUUGUCGUCUAGUUCUUCAGAGAUCUCUGAUCUAUCAGACUGUGUCAGUUCAAAUGAUGACGAUGAUGAUCAUAAUGAUAAUGAUGUCGAAGAACAGCAAGACGAGGAAGAAGAUGGAGAUGUAAAAGAAGCAACGAAAUUAACUCCUUCUGAGAACAAUGUUAAACGGAUAUCUGCUUCGCAUAAAACUGUUCAAAAUACCAAAAAUAUGAAUAAUGAAAAGAGUAAAUUACCACCUACUUCUAAUACUGAAGUAAAAGAACUUACGGAUAACUUUGAAGAUUUAUACCUAACGCAUCAAAAUUGGCAUAGACGUGUACGCGUAGCCAUAGCUUCAGGUGAUGUGGUGAUUUUACGGUCUCUGUUGCCAAGGUCUAGUGUCCCCAGUGUUGUAAUGAAUCAAAAUCAUGAUUCCAUUGAAUCAGAAAGUGUUCACGGUGCAAGUGUUUCUCCGACGACUACAACAACUAGUAGUACUACUACUACUACGCCGACAGCGAUUGCUACGACUCCCCCGCCUCCUCCGACUACUAAUACGUCAACUCCCGAGUGUACAUCCCCUGGAUCCACCAUACCAUCACCUGAGACAUGUUCAAAGCUAAUCAAUUAUCCACUCACUGAUGGACGAACACUUUUACAUGUAGCUGUUGAAUUUCAAAGUGAUCCUGAAGUACUUCUAUUAUUACUUGAAUGUGGAUGUGAUCCUGCUGUCAGUGAUUCUGAUGAUGUAACACCCUAUCAAUUGGCAAUACGAUUGCAUAAAAAAGCGAUGGCCAACGUGUUUCGACGUUUUCGGUUUCAUCAACCAGAUCGUUAUGAUUAUGAUAAAGCUCGUAUCCCUACACCACUGAAUCCAUCAAAAGAGGCUGCUAAAGCUGAACGUGAACGAGAACGUGCUAAACGUCAGAAACAACGACAAAAAGAGAAACGUGCAGCUGAACGUGCCUUAGCUGAACAACGAGAGAAAGAGGCUGCUGAACAAGCUCGUUUCUUAGCGUUAUCAGAUAGAGAGAAGCGUGCUUUAGCAGCAGAACGUCGUUUGAACUCUGCUAGGACAGCAGCAGGUGAAACGCCUAUGGUUUUCAGUCGUUGCUUUCAAUGCGCUUGUGAUAUCACCGGUAAGGUACCAUUCACUUAUAUGGAUUAUAAUUUUUGUACACCAACUUGUUUAAAACAACAUCGUCUAUCAUCAUCGUCGACAUCUACGUCGACUGCUUCAACAACAACAACAACUCAUCGUCCAAAUCUGACUACUGCUAAAUGACAUAGAUGAAUGACAUCCCUCCUCUCCCUCCCUUUUUUUCUUCGUUCCUUUUCCCAUGAUUAUCUUUUUAUAUUCAAAAUUUCAGAUGAAAUGCUUACGAAGAAGAAGAAAAUAACAGAAUUAAUUGUACUACUUAAUUAAUCUCUUAUUAUUACUACUACUAUUAUUAUGUAUGACGUAAUAGUGUUAUGUCAUCUUUGUGAAUGAAGUGUAUGUACGUAUGCAUGUGUAUAUGUAUGUCUAAGUGGAUAUAUUUUCAGUUAAUUUGAUGAUACCCCGCUAACGCCCACGCCCCCGCCCCCAUCCAGUGCUAACCCUCGCCUAUUAUCUCCAUCAAUAUUAUGUAAUUUAAUGUAUGCAGAGCCUCAGUCACUUUGUGUGUGUGUAUUCUCGCCUAUGCCUUACUCGACCAACCAACCAACGGGUUGAAUUUUUGAUUUUAUUUUGUUUGGAGGAGACAAAGCAUUUUUGAAAGAACAUGGAGAGACAGUCAUGCUUUAUUUGUCUUUCAUUGGCUUUCUUGUUAUACCCUUCCUUCCCCCACCUUCCCCGGAUGUUUUUUAUUGUAAUAAGCAUUUAUAAAUGACAAAAAAGCAACAAUAAUAAUAAUAUUGCAG